AUGAGCUGCUGUAAUACUGAUUUCGUGGGUAGCAACUGUGGUCGCGGAUGGCGCGAAGACGGCCUAGCGGAGAUUUUGCUUGAUGAAGUUGCGAGAACAUGGAAGAAUGCCGGUGGUGGAGCCAUAGUUGAGGAAGCGACGCAACCAUCAUUGAGAAAGAUACUGGACUCUUUGGAAAGCCGUGUUAGCGAUGGCCAGCUUCAUUUGCUGCCUGGCAAGGCACACUCCAACACGUCAAGUAAGAACGACGAUCUCCUUGUUACCGACACUUCCUCUGCCUUGUAUGAUAAAAUGGAUGACCCCAAUUCACGUGCCAGUACCCUCGCCAGUGAUAAUUUGUUGUUGAGCGAUCCUGGGAAGUGGUUUCGGGUCAUCAAUGCUUUUGAACAACCUAGAGUGAUAUAUGACAGCGACAGACGCCAUUUCGUUAUGUCGCCAUUCUCAUCUUCCCUUUUACCGUCCUCAUGCGACAGAAUUGAGACUUUCCGAGAUCGAUAUAACCGUGUAUAUCAGCGUGUAUUACGAAAUAACGCAUUUCGAAAGCCAUCGAAUAUCUCUCCCGCCUUUCGGCCAACUCAGUCCUCGCUCUCUCCCGACGGGGUUUACAACAUUACUUUCGUGUCGAGUCUUCAAGGACGAAAUAGCACAUCGCAUUUACUUCUUGGGCUAAUCCACCUGUCCCCUUCGGGGGGUCUAUACCUAUCUGAUCUUACUGGUACCAUUGCUUUGAGUAUCCAGCAUGCAAAAGGUGUACCUGCAGGCGAAACAUGGUUCGCACCAGGCAUGAUCCUGCUUGUUGACGGGAUCUAUGAGGAGCAAACAAAUGCCGGCACUCAAACUAGCGCAACUUGUGGAUAUGAGGGCAACGUUGGGGGAAAAUUUGUGGUUUUAUCAGUUGCUGGUCCGCCCUGUGAGAGGAGGGAAGUAUCACUUGGAAUCUCGACUUCUGGCUACGCCUCUAUUUCUCAUGAAGGGUUCGGUUGGAUGGAUUUCAUUGGGGUCGGGAGCGAACGCACGGAAGGAAAUCGCCUGAGGCGGUUAAAACAAAAAUACUCUGUGACUGAAACUCGGACAAAACUGGUGAUUAUGAGUGAGAUCAACUUGGACAGCCAAAGAAAUCUGGAAGGCCUUAGGAACGUACUCAAAGCCUAUGAUGCGCUCCCCCUGGCGCGGAUACCUCUAGCAUUUCUACUAAUUGGCAAUUUUGCACAACGACCUGUCAUGGGCGGGAAUGAGUUUGCAGAUAGUAUUGAUUACAAAGAGCAUUUUGAUCAGCUCGCCCUGGUUCUCUCUGAUUGUAUGCGCCUGUUGCAGAACUCCAUGUUCAUUUUUGUGCCAGGAGACAACGAUCCAUGGACUUCUUGCUUCUGUGUUGGAGCAGCGCCACCCAUCCCACGAGGACCUAUUCCGGACCUUUUUACUUCCCGAGUGCGCCAUGCAUUCAACAUAGCUAACGAGGAGGGUCAAAAUUUCCUAUCUAAAAAACUAAAAGGGAGCGCCAUUUGGACAACUAAUCCUGCACGUCUUAGUAUUUUUGGCCCAGUGGAAGAGUUGGUUGUUUUUCGAGAUGAUAUUUCCGAACGGCUAAGGCGUAUGUCUCUUGACUUAGAAGGGGAAACUUAUGAGGUACCAACGACCACCACCGGUAUCAAUUAUCUCGGUGAUCAGGAUGCAUGUUCAAAUACUAUGGAUUGCACCAAAAUUUCCCUCACGGGGUCAGAUCAAUACCCAUCGACAGAAAGUGAUGACAUACAGGGCAACGCUAAAAUUAACAUAAGUGUCUCGCACAAGCUCGUCAAGUCAUUACUUGAUCAGGGACAUCUCUCACCCUUUCCAACAACUGUUAGGCCGGUAAUGUGGGAUUACGCCACGGCGCUUCACCUAUACCCGCUCCCAACCACUUUAAUUCUAGCCGAUCCAGCAGUUGGCCCUUUUACCCUCACAUAUGAGGGCUGUCAUGUUAUCAAUCCUGGGAGACUUGUGGCCGAUGCAUCCCCUAACCGCGCUUCUUGGGUUGAAUAUGACUUUAUCACACACAAAAGCUGUAUACAUGAAAGCCAGUUCUAG